AGACUUAGCUCCUCUUCCCACUCAGUCUUUGGGUGUGAUAUUUGACUGGUGUGGUGGCUGUGUACAUGGUUUUUAAACUUCCGUGUGUGAGCUUUUUGUCCUGGUAAUUUAAAACAUGUCAGGAUUCCUGGACACAAUGGCCAGAUGUAAGAAUUAUACCACAUUUGGCUAUGUGGAGUGUGGGUCUUGCACUGGAAAGAAACAAAAGGCCAUCAAGUCUUGUCUAGUGUGCUUGGACUCCUACUGUCCAAGUCACUUUGAGCUCCAUGAAGAACUGCACUCAGGACAGCGCCACAAAAUAAUGAAUGCCACAGGGUUUCUCCAGGACAAAAUCUGCUCUAGGCAUGAUAACCUGCUAGAGGUCUUCUGCUGCUUGGAUCAGCAGUGUAUCUGUCUCAUGUGUAUGAUGGAUGAUCACAAAGGACAUAGAAUUGUGUCUGCUUCAGCAGAGAGAACAGAGAAACAGAGCCAGAUGGGUGAGUCAAAAAUGAAAUCGCAGCAGAGGAUCCUGGAGAGGAAAAGGGAGCUUGGGGAAAUGCAGAAAGCUGUGAAAUCUCACAAGCAGUCUGCACAGGCAGCACUGGAGGAGAGCGAAAAGACCUUCACUGAGAUUAUUUGCUUUAUUGAGAAAAAACGCUCUGAGGUUCAGGACCUAAUUCGAGCUCAGGAGAAGAUUGCAGUAAGCCGAGCCGAAGGCCUCCUGAAGCAGCUGGAAGAGGAAAUUGCUGAGCUUCAGAGGCAAGAUGAAGAGCUGCAGCAGCUCUCUCUAACAGAGGAUCACAUUCACUUUCUGCAGCGUUAUGUGUUUCUCACUGCCACUCUUGGAUCUUCAGAUUUACCCACCAUCACUGUUAGCUCUGUCCUCUCCUUUGAGGAAGUAGCAAAGUCUGUAACUGAACUGAAAAAGCAUUUGGAAGAUGUUUGUAAAGCAGACAUGGAGAAGAUUGAAAAGAGAGUGAAGCAAAUUCAAAUCCUUACACCCAUGACCAGAGAGGAGGUCCUGCAGUAUUACUGCGAGCUAACCAUGGAUCCCAACACAGCGUACAGACGCCUCAGCUUGUCCGAUAGCAACCGAGCAGUGUCCAACUAUGACCGGGACCUGCCUUACCCAGAUCAUCCGGAGAGGUUCGACUGGCCCCAAGUGUUGUGUGAGCAGCCAGUGUGUGGACGCUUUUACUGGGAGGUGGAAUGGAGUGGAAGAAAUGGUGUUAACAUUGCUGUCUCGUAUAAAAGCAUCCACCGAAAGGGUGGCCACAAUGAGUGCUGGUUUGGGUGCAGUGAUCAGUCGUGGAGGCUGUACUGCUCACCGUUUAGAUAUGCCUUUAGGCACCACGGCAAGGAAACAUACAUCCCCAAAAUGGACAACUCCACCAGGAUUGGCGUGUACGUUGAUUAUAAUGCUGGGACACUAUCUUUCUACAGCAUAGCUGGAAAAAUGAUUCUGCUCUAUAUAGUGCAGUGUGAGUUCACAGAGCCUCUGUAUCCAGGAUUUACUGUGUGGCCAGGAUCCAAACUGACACUGUGUUGUCCUACAAAGGUCAAACAGAUAUAGAUAAGAGAUUUUUAAGACCAGAUAACAGAGUUUUCUUAGUUAAUUUCACAGAAGCCAGUUUAUGUUCUUGUUUUUUCUCAGCAUAGAAAUGGAUGAUCCAGUUCCUCAGUAACUUAGCACUAAGCUAGUUGGUUCUGGUAUGCUAACAAUGAUUGUAAAAUAAAAAUGUGGAGGUAUAUAAAAUGUGCUUACAUAGAUAUACAACAAAAAUAUUAGAGAAGUUGGAUCAAAAGUACAUUAUUGUAUGAUAUAUCAGUGCUUUGUUAUCGACCAUUAAAGGUUUUAUAAUUACAAUUCUAGAAAAUUAGCAGGGCUGUUAUGAAAAAUUAAACAGAUUGACCACCAGGGGCAGUGUUUCAACAUCUGGAUACCUUCUUCUGCAUGUGUGGACAAGUGUUCCAAAAACACCAAGUCAUGUGGUGACCAUAUGGCCUUCUAAAAUACCACUCUCAUUCAAUUUCAUCAUCUCACCUUGUUCACGUUUUUUUUUUUUUUUUUUUUUUUUUAGCUCUCUGCAUAUCAGCUCUGAGCUACAGGUACAGAGCUAUAGGUGAACCUGCCCUCUAAAGCUGGUGAUAGUCUCAUAAUGAUUUCAAGUCCUUCAGUUGGCUAUGAGAUAACUUGGAUUAAUCUACAUCUAUGGAACCUUUCAGUUAUGGCUGGGGUGGCGUCCCUUGGUGUGCUAAGCGCCUGUCAGGGCACCACAGAAGGCCACUAGUGUGGUGGAGUGGGUUGCCCUUAUAAUACCAUGCUCACACAAGGGAGUUGUGAAUUAGUUAAUUUAUUAACUCAUUAACUCCCAUACAACCCCAAUUCCAAAAAAGUUGGAAGAGUAUGGAAAAUGUAAAAAAAAAAAAAAAAAAAAUCAUUUGUCAUUUGAAAAUUCAAUUCACCCUGUACUAUAUUGAAAACACAUUAUUAACCACUAAUAUAUAUUGUGUAUAUAUAUAUAUAAAUAAAAGUGAACUGUCAUUCAGACCAUACAUGGAGUGCACAGCAGAACAAAAUUGCGUUUCUCCAAGCUGAAAUAUGCAGAAAUCUAAAAAAAUAUAUAUAUAAAAAAAUUAAAUAAAUAAAUUAUUGUACAUAGUACCUGCAAACUUGACACUAGUAAAUAUUAAUAUAAAAUGUUCUACUAAUUUGAAAUUUAAUUAUUGCACAGAAAAAAUAACAGCAGUUUAAGAUUUACAUUCAUGGAAUGUGUGCAUGUUCAGGAGUUGAAAAGUUCAAGACAGACAAACAUGUUUAUGUACUGUUAAAGGGAGUUGAGUAGUCUGAUGGCCUGUGCAAAAAAGCUCUUGUUGAGUCUGGCAGUCUUGCACCGCAUACUGCGGUAGCAUUUGCCCGAUGGCAGAAGGUAAAACAGAUCAUGGGCGGGGCGAGUGAAGUCCUUGAUUAUUUUAUUGGCUCUGCUUAUGCAGCCUGAACGGUAUAGGACCUGUAUAGUUGGAAUUGAAGUUCUGAUGAUUAUCUCUGUCAUCCUCACAACUCUCUGGAGUGCCUUUACUAAAGUGUAUUUAUUAUGUUAAAUGCAAGCAUAUAUUCUAAAUGAUCUAUUUUAUUUUUCAGCGUCGCUUUCUACACUAAAUAGCAUUGUUUGUUUCUUUGUCUCUUCCCUGAAAAUAUGCAAAUGAUCACAUGCUGAUUGAUAGUCCAUUGUAUUUAUUUUGCACCUGGCAUAUAUAUAUAUAUAUAUAUAUAUAUAUAUAUAUAUAUAUAUAUAUAUAUAUAUAUAUAUAUAUAUAUAUAUAAAAUAUUCUUGACAUCUUAUUGCAUUGUAGUAUUAUCAUAAUGACCACAAAAAAGACUAUUCAUACUCAACACUUUGCAGGAACAUUAACAUUUUUGCCUUAUACCCAAACACCCCCCCCCCCCCCCCCCCCAAAAAAAAAAAAUAAUAAAAUAAAAUAAAUAAAUAAAUAAAAAAAUUACAACAUAAAAUAAUCUGGGUCUUCCCAUAAGUAUGUGAAUGCCAUUGCUUUGAGUUUGAGUUGAGUGCUUUGAGUUUCAAACCAUUAUUUAUUUAAAAAGAAUAUACUGUUUAAAAUUAGAACUUUAAGGAUAUAGUUUUAAAGAAGUAUUUGUUGCAGUAGCCAAAUCACCUUACAUUUCGCAAAAGUGCUUUAGACAGCUCACAAAAAGUGUUUGAAUGGCUUUUUGCAAAGAAGUAAAUACUGGCUCUCUUCUACUUCUCAGUGAUAAGCGGGUGUCAGAAAUGGAAUGUUGUGCUGUGUCACCUUGUGUACUGGGGUAUUUGUGCUUUUCAAUAAGUGCCAUCUAUUGUCAGGGAGUGAAUAUGUACUUUCAUUCAGCGCUUUUUCACAGGUGUGAACAGGCCCUCACAACCGUGACUGGUUUAUAAAUAAAUGUUCUUAAUAACAACAACAACAACAAUAAUAAUAUUAUUAUUAUUAUUAUUAAUAAUAAUAAUAAUAAUAAUAAUAAUAAUAAUAAUAAUAAUAAUAAUAAAACGUAAUAAUAAAACACACUUACUGUUAAGACAGCCAUCUCCUCUUAGAAGAACACUUUAAAAUAAAUACAACUUUGCUGGUAAACUAAAAUGAGAAACAAUGAUUUGUUUAUACCCUUAAAGAAGUCGUAUUCCAUGUCGUAUUCCAUGUGAUAAAAGCAAAAGUACCACUGGUGUGGUAAUUGUGUAGUGUAGUGUUGUUUUUUGGGAUGCUUUACCAUGGGAUUUUGUUGUACUUGUGACAUUCUUGUGGUACUACUAUGACAUUUCUGCAGUAAUACUUGGAAUUUCAUAUAAUAAACCUGUGGUCCUACUAUA